AUGGCAAAAAUCAAACCUCAACCAGGUACCAUUGAAACCAAAGCUAUCCUUCCGGAACACCCUCGCAGCACCACUGCCCGAGAGACAGACAUGGGCGGGAGACGCCCCCGGAGCACGGGGUCCGCCCAGCACGGCGCGAAGCCGCGGAUCGCAGCCGCCGGACGCCCACUUCCGGGCGGCGAGGCGGAAGGGGCGUCACCGUCUCAGCCCCGCGCCCCGCCCGCGGCCCAAUCCCCGUACCCGCCGGCGGCGGGAGCCCGCGACCGGAAGAGCGGAGCGCGCGCGAGGGAGCUGCGGCGCCUCUGGCUGCUCUGCUGCUGCUGCGGCUGCUGCCCCGGCGCCGCCCCGGCCCCGCCGAGCGGCCGCGACCCGCCCGCCGCCUUCCGGGAAAGUCUAAAUAGACUUUGAUACUUGAAUCCUUUAUCUCCUGGUGAAAACUCCACUGCCGUCUAUGGAAUAAAUCAGUUUUCUUAUUUGUUCCCUGAAGAGUUUAAAGCUAUUUAGUUAAGAAGCAGACCUUCCAGUUUUCCCCGGUUUCUGGCAGACGCGCACACAUCCAUCUCCAACGUGUCUUUGCCGUUGAGAUUCGACUGGAGGGACAAGCACGUCGUCACCCCAGUGAGGAACCAGCAGGCAUGCGGCGGAUGCCGAGCCUUCACCGUGGUAGGAGGGUCCGCGUGCGCCAUACAAGGGCAGCCUUCGGAGGCGCUGAGCGUCCAGCAGGUCACAGACGGUUCAUACAACAACCACGGCUGCCACGGAGGGUCCCCGCUCAACGCUUUGGACUGGCUCGAUAAGAUGCAAGUGAAGCUGGCGGGAGAUUGAGAAUACCCGUUCAAAGCCCAGAACGGCCUGUGCCGUUACUUUCCUGACUCACACUCUGGAUCUUCAGUCAAAGGUUAUUCUGCCUUUGACUUCCGUGACCAAGAAGACGCAAUGGCAAAAGCACUGUUUACCUUGGGCCCUCUGAUAGUGGUAGUAGAUGCCGUGAGCUGGCAAGAUUAUCUGGGAGGCAUCAUAGAGCAUCAUUGCUCCGGUGGAGAAGCAAAUCACGCCGUUCUGGUAACCGGCUUUGAUAAAACAGGAAGUACCCCGUACUGGAUCUUGAGGAACUCCUGGGGAACUUCCUGGGGCAUAGACGGCUGUGUCCAUGUAAAAAUGGGAGGAAACAUUUGUGGUGAGUCGUGACUUGAUAUUCAGAGCUCCAGGUUAAAUGUCAAGGAAGAGACUGUGAAUAGAUUAAAAUUAUAGCCCAUCCAGUCCACAGUGUGCGUGCAGGAUACUCAGAUCACUUUUACAGUAAGAAUUGUCAUCCUUUAACUAAUUGAUAAAUAUACAACAGUGUUCUUUUAAAAAGACACUAUUGUACACAUUCAUGUUUUUAAAAGGAAGAGGGACUCUAGUAAAAAACCAGUGUAAUGAGCAAAACAGUGUAAGGCACGGCGAUAAUUUACCAAAGUUACCUACUUCCAAAACCAGGAAAAACUCCACUUAGGAGGCUCAGCUUUUUCAAACAUGUCUCCAAUUCCAAAGUUACUUUUUAUAAUUGUAUUACUUUCCAUUAUUUUAUGUAUUAUAAUACCUUCUCUAGGAUCAUCAAGAAUCACUUUUUCUUUGUAUCAAAAUGGGUGAAAAUCUGAAUAUUAGGGUUGUUUCUGAUGUAGCACAUGCCCCUUGUCCCCUACCAAAUUCUAGCAAAAACUUCUCCUCACUGGAAUUGGGAGGCUUAAAAGAAUGCCACAGAUACUGUUUUGUUCAAUACCAUUUUUUAUUAAUUAACAACAAACCAAAUUAAAAUAGCGAUUUAAGUAUGUUAAACGUAUUCUAAAAUCCAUAUUCAAAUUCUGUUGUAAAGCUUUCGAUCUAGAAAG